AUGGCCCCCGUUACCUACGACUUGCCUGUCUCCCAGGUCGACACUCCCCAGAAGUCUACUAUCUCUCGGGAUAUCUUUCCCGAUGGACUGAAGACCACUGGCCAGCAGCCCCCCCUUUACGACCAGAUCAAGCCCUUCUCUGAAUUCCCCAAGCACAUUACCGGACCAACCGUAUGGAAGGCCGAAGACUUCUCAAACAACCCAGAGAAAUGGACCCAUCGAUUCACAGCGGAAGAAUGUGCUGAGAUGAGCGCUGCCGCCGAUGAUUUCGUUGCUUCCGGCAUCCCCCUGACUGCUAUCUCCAAGGAAAACUUCCGACUCCCCAAAUUCUCCCGCUUCCUUGAUGUUUUGAGGAAGGAUAUCAUCGAUGGCAAGGGAUUCAUCCUCUUCAAGGGGUUCCCAGUUGCCGAAUGGGGCAACCACAAGUCCGCAAUCGCCUAUAUGGGUCUUGGAACCUAUCUUGGAUACUUCGUCAGCCAGAACGGCCGUGGCCACGCCUUGGGACACGUAAAGGAUCUUGGCGAAGAUUCCGGAAAGAUCGACAAAGUCCGCAUCUAUAGGACAAACGCUAGACAAUUCUUCCACACCGACGACUGUGACAUCGUCGGAUUGCUCUGCAUCGCAAAGGCCUUCGAAGGUGGCGAGUCUGAUAUCGUCUCCUCUCACCACGUCUACAACGUCCUUGCCGAAGAGCGCCCAGACGUCCUCAAGACCCUCGUCACCCCUAACUGGUAUGUUGACAGGAAAGGUGAAGUCAGCGUCGGUGAGGAAGAGUACAUCAGGGCUGCCAUCAUGUACCUGGAGCCUCAGGGUGGCCGUGUUUACACCAAAUGGGACCCCUACUACGUUCAAUCUCUUAGCCGUUUCUCCGAUGCCGGGAUCAUCCCCCCACUCUCUCCCGAGCAAGUCGAGGCCAUGGAAGUCCUCGAAGCCACUUGUCUCAGACUCUCCCUCCACAUGGUCCUCGAUGUCGGCGACAUCCAGUUCCUCUCCAACUCGCAAGUCUUCCAUGCCCGUACUGCCUACAAGGACUUCCCACCACCAGCUCCUCGCAGACACUUGAUGAGACUUUGGCUCUCUACCCCUGAGGAUGAGGGUGGCUGGAACAUCCCAUUCUGGGACACCAACGAGAAGAAGCGAGGUGGUAUCCAGGUCAACGAUACCGCUCCCGUUGCCAACUUGGAUGCCGACUAA